AUGCUGAGCCCCAAGAUCCAGCGCUCCAUCCGCGUCAACGAUGGCCAGCUAAUCGCGCUCUCUGAGCGGGCCCAGUACGACCACCUGCAGGCCGGGUACCUCCACAAGCGGAGCUCGGAUAACACAAAAUGGCAGCUCCGGUGGUUUGUGCUGUACCAGAACCUGCUGUUCUACUACGAGUCAGAGAAUAAUACUCGACCAACAGGAGUCCUUCUUCUAGAAGGUUCUUACUGCGAGCGCCUCAGCAAACCUUUAGAGCGGGCUGCUUUCUGCUUCACAAUCUCCUACCGUCGCGAGAGUCAGCGUCAGUAUGAACUUCAGGAGAUAUGACAGGUCGACUGUUCGCAUUUUUGACAGGCGAUAAAGAAAAUGAGCUUCAACAAGCUACUACUCCAGAAAGAAGAAUUGGAACAGAAGCAGCUCCACCUUCUGCAGGUGGUUGAAAGCGAGAGGACAUCCCGAUGGCAGUACGCUCAACAGUGUGAUGAGUUGAGCAGUGAGGUCAAGAAACUUAGAACUGAGCUGUGCACAUUCAAGAAGGAGCAUGAUCAGCCGACCCGCGCUGAAUCCGCUACCACCUCCCCAAGCCACUCGCCAGACAUCGACCCGGCGGAGCUGCGCAAAAUUAAGAAAGUCCAGAGCUUCUUCCGAGGCUGGCUGUGCCGUCGGCGAUGGAAGCAGAUCGUGGAUCAGUACAUCAAGAGCCCUCACGCUGAAAGCAUGCGGAAGAGGAACAGCUUGGUCUUCAAAAUGGUUGAGGCAGAAGAAGAAUAUCUCGAACAAAUGGAAAUACUGGUAACCUGCUUCCUCCGCCCCUUCAAAAUGGCCGCUAGCUCCAAGAAGCCCCCCUGCACCCACGAGGAUGUCAACUCCAUCUUCCUGAACAGUGAGACAGUUCUGUUCCUCCACCAGAUCUUCUUCAAGGGUUUGACUUCUCGGAUGGAGUCGUGGCCGACCCUCGUAUUAGGGGACCUGUUCGAUAUGCUGCUGCCGAUGCUGACCAUAUACCAGGAGUACGUUAGGAACCACCACUACUCGCUGCAAGUGCUGACGGAGUGUAAGCAGAGUCAGCCGUUUGCGACGCUCCUGGCGAGGUUGGAGAGCAAGCCGGCGUGCCAGGGGCGGUCGUUGGAGACGUUCUUGACGUAUCCUAUGCAUCAGAUCCCUCGCUACAUCAUCACGCUUCACGAGCUGCUGGCACACACGCCGCAUGACCACGUGGAGCGCCGCAGCCUGCAGCACGCGCGUGCGCAGCUGGAAGAGCUCUCGAGGCAGAUGCAUGACGAGGUGAGCGAAACAGAAAACCUUCGCAAGAACUUGGCCGUGGAGCGGAUGAUAAUUGAAGGCUGCGAUAUUCUGCUGGAUGUCAAUCAAGUCUUCAUUAGACAAGGAACGAUCUCGCAAGUGGUGGGCAAAGGCCGCCGAGCGUCACUCCAAGCCCGUCAGGCGUUCCUCUUCAGCAACCACCUCCUCCUCAGCACCAGAGCUACAGGAGGAAGACUGCAUCUCCCACCCACUGGGAGACUGCCACUGCAUGACGCGUUGUUGGUUGAGGAUCCUAGCAGUCAUGAUGACGAUGAUUCAACAUCCAUCUGUUCUUCCCCAGGAGGCGACCUCUAUCAAGGGAAAGACUUCAAGAUCCUUGUUGAGGUCAAGGGUGAACAAAUCUGUGCUCACUUGGUGGCAGCAACUUUGGAAGAGAAAGCAGCGUGGACCUCCGAACUGGCGCAAUGCAUGGAGAGCGCAGCGUUGACAGAACUCCUCAGGGCUUGUGGGUCAUGCGGUGCCGCCUCGGCUAGUCUACCUGCCUGUCGGUCUGAUCGGGCUCUGUUUACGGAUGACGUGGAUAUACGAUUCAGCAGAACGUUGAAUUCAUGCAAGGUGCCACAGAUCAGAUCAGCUACACCACAACGGCUACUUCAAAGACUUACAGACCUCCGUUUCCUCUCAGUGGAUUUCCUCAACACAUUUUUACUGACAUACCGAGUUUUUACCGACGGCGUGACGGUCCUCGAAGCUCUGAAGCAGGUCUUCUACGAGCAGUCAGCCCAGGAGUUGGAGCUGGCUCCACCACCUGAUGCUACACGAAAGACCAGCGCCGCUAGCUCUGUCUCAGGAUACGGAUCUGAAUUCAGUGAGAGGGAUUGGCAUUGGAAACCUUCAAGAUUAAAAAGUGAGGAAGACGACAAGCUUUCACCAUAUUUAAUGGCACCAUCACGACGGACUUCCUCAAUAAGCGAAAAAGAAGAAAAAGAUGAAAAAGACAACAGUCUCUUGACCAUCCCUAAGAUAAUGGCCACGUCAUCUAGCAAUGAGACGUUGAAAGGUACAACCCCAACCUCCCCCGGUGGUAUAAGCUCAGUGACCCUAGUUGGGACCCCAAAGAAGUCCAGCCCGGAACCCCCAGAUCCUAAAACCCGAAAGUCUCCAACUAAAGACAAUGAUGCAGCAGCAGCCAUCAUGAAGGUUGAGAGUAUAGAGCUGGUGGACCAGAGCGAUGAGGAUAUCAAGUAUAAGGAAGAGGAACAGGAAAAGAUUCUUCUAAAGAAGGAGGAGAAGUUUAAGAUAUCGCAGAGGUUUUCGGACCGAGUCCGCACCAUGUCGCAAAGUCCUCGACGGCUGCUGCCGGCAGCGGCGACGGCGUCUGACGCCCGGCGUCGCUCCGAGGGUGCGCGGGAAGCGGCUGCCGCCGCGGAAGAGAGCCGGCGGGCUUCGGACACAGGACGAUACACACCAAGACGGUCUGUCAGCGAACGUCGUUUCACCAACUCGUCGAUCAACAGCGAGAGGCGCCGGUACUGGGGCGGAUCUGAGCCACGUUCGUCUGUCACUUCACAGGUGUCUCAAGUGCAGAAUUAUCGGCGAGAAACGAGCCAGUCCAAAGCAGGAGUGGUCAUCACCUCGUUCCGUCAGUCUCACAGGAGCUUUGGAAAAGACCCGUUGUGGAGCAGUACAUCAACAGCGGCAGUGGCAUUUGCUGUGGCCACAUCAGCGUCGUCAAACCCUCGGUCACCACCGACCACGUCACCGCCGCAGACCAGACGGGACUCUGUUAUAUCUACUGCUGCUACUAUGCGAGUUUUGAAUGUGCUCAGGCACUGGAUCUCCAAGCACUCCUCCGACUUCUGGUCCGACGAGCGUCUCCGAGGCCUCACCAUGGACUUCCUGAAGGAGAUAGAAGCUAGUCCAGGACUGUUACCAGCGGAACAUAAGGCCGCUGCUCAGUUGCUGAGGCUGCUUGAACGGUCACCCGAUAGGGCUGUGGAUUUAAAAGCACUGUUUGCACCGCCUCCAGUACCAACCAAAGAAAGCGUGGAGACUCUGUCAGCGCUGGAAAUAGCCGAGCAAAUGACGUAUUUGGAUUAUCAAAUCUUCAGCUCCAUUCACAGCGAAGAAUUCCUGGGACAAGCGUGGACUAAGGCCGACAAGGCCGAACGAGCACCACACAUUCUGCUGAUGACGUCACACUUCAAUCACAUCUCCAACCUCGUCAUCUCGGAAAUCCUCAAGAAAUAUACCUUAGCAGGACGCGUAGCCGCCAUUGAGAAGUGGGCAGCAGUGGCCGACAUAGCGCGCUGUCUGCACAACUUCAACGGCGUGCUGCAAGUGUGCGCUGCCCUGUCCAACACAUCGGUGUAUCGGCUCAAGAAGACUUGGGAGAAGGUGUCCAAAACUAGCAAACAGACAAUCGAAAAGAUGCAGACGAUCAUAUCGUCUGAAUGUCGAUUCCGAAUCUUGAGGGAUGCCCUUCACAGAUGCGAUCCACCAUGUAUCCCAUAUCUGGGAAUGUACCUGUCGGAUCUCUCUUUCAUUGACGAGGGCACAUCGAACUAUACUCCUGAUGGCCUGCUCAACUUUUCCAAAAUGCGUAUGAUUGCGCACGUCAUUCGAGAAAUAAGAAACUUCCAGCAAACUCCGUACAAGAUCGACCACAUUCCAAAAGUGUGCGACUUCCUACUCGACCGCAACCUAGUGAUCCCCGAGGAGCGUCAGUACACGCUCUCGCUGGAGCUGGAGCCCCGCGUGGCGCGCGGCUCGGCGGCGGGGCUGCACUCGCACUCGGCGGCGCCCGCCUCGCCCGCCUCCUAG